AACAACAACAACAAUACAAUACAUCACCCAUUUACCAACGCCUCCUUCUUUCACACACCAUUUCUCUCUCUUUCUUAAUUUCUUGCAUCCAUUACUAUUUAUUUUACGUGAUUAAUGAUUUAAUUAUUGUUCAUGACUGUUUGCUUCAAAUAAAAAAAAAAGUAAAAUAAGACUAAAUUUGGCACAUAUAUUUCUGACAAGGUAUUUAAAUAAUGUUGGCAUUAGCAAAGAAAGCAAUAAUAACGCAACAUACUAGUUGCGAAGAAAAGCGAUGAAGGGAAGCAAAGAAAAAGUGUGUGUCUCUCUCUUGGACUGAUUCGCUUCAAACGCAUCUAUCUCAGGCAAAGUUGGUGAAAACAAAGGCAAGGCAAGGAUGAUUGAUGAUGGUGUUGGUGUUGGUGUUGGCUAAUUCUUUCUCAACACACAUGAUUUCUUCUGAUUCCUUCUCUUUCUAGCCAUCUCAUCUCAUUUAUAUAUUUUUUUUUUCUUGUUUUGGUUUGGUCCACCCUCGUAUUGAAGACUCCGCCUUAGCAAUAGGAGCAUCUUUAUUUCUCUUUCAUUCUUCUUGUGUGUUUCUGAUUAUUGCAUCGCUCACACCUUUAAUUCCCUCAUCCAUUUCUCACCCUCUCUUCAUAUUCUCCCAACAUGGCCGUUCAAGCUCAAUACCCGUCAAAUGCACUCUUCCUAAACAGCAAAAACGCCCAAGAAGGACAUGACUAUUCAUUGCAAUCUCCGCCAGUAGAACUCCUUGAUCAUCAUCAAUCCCAUAUGUUAUUCAACAAGGGAGGCACUAGUUCUCGAAAGAGAGGAAGAGAAACAACAGGGAUAGCUCCGAACUUUGUAAAUUCAUUCUCUUUGCAACAAUCCCAAUCUCCACAACUCAUAGACCUUACCCAACUUCAUAAUCAAAAUAAUGUAGUCUCCACCGGGUUACGCUUAUCGUUCGGAGACCAACAACAAUUGCAUCAUCAACAACAACAUCAUGGGUAUCACUCCAAUGCCUUCGAAUCUCUAUUAUCCGAAGAUUUGUCCUCGCAAAUCAAACAACAGCGUGACGAAAUAGAUCAAUUCCUUCAAGCCCAGGGGGAGCAAUUGCGGCGGACUUUGACGGAGAAGAGGCAGAGACAUUAUCGGACGCUGGUGAGGACGGCGGAGGAAGCGGUGUUGCGGCAGCUAAGGGAGAAGGAGGCGGAGGUGGAGAGGGUGACGCGGCGGAACGCAGAGUUGGAGGCACGCGCGGCGCAGCUUAGCAUGGAGGCGCAGGUUUGGGAGGCUAAGGCGAAGGCGCAGGAGGCGGCAGCGGCGGCACUGCAGGCGCAGCUGCAGCAGGCGAUGAUGGGUGAUGAGGGCGGCGGCGGAGGGCUAUCGUGCACCGGGGGCGAUGCGGAAGAUGCAGAGUCGGCACAUGUAGACCCAGAUCGCGUGGGGCCCAAAUGCCGAGGGUGCGCCCAACGGUUAGCUUCGGUCGUGGUGUUGCCGUGUCGCCACCUCUGCUUCUGCGCCCAAUGCGACACAAAUUUUCGGGCCUGCCCAGUUUGCCUAACCGUUAAAAAUUCAACGGUUCAAGUUUUUCUAUCUUAGUGCCAAUUCACAGGCAUGUCCAUCUCCAACAAAUGAAAAAAAAAAAAAAAACUAAAAUCUCUUAAACAAUAAUUUUUUUUAUUUUUAUUUUCUCUCUAUAGUCUCUAUUUUUUUGUUGUUGUUGUACAUGAUGAUGAGAAACUUGAGUAAUUUAGCCGUGAGAUUUGAGAAUUUUUAUAAUUUUUUUUUUUUAUGUUUCUUGACUGGAACAAGGCUAACUGUGUAGGUGAUGUACAUGGUUCGUGUAUGGCCACAUGGUUCGUGUAUGGCCACAUGGGAGUGACUUUUUAUUUUUAUUUUUAUAAUUCUAUUGAAUUAUUUAUUAUAUUCUUUUA